AUGUCCGCACAAGAUGAACCUGAACAGCCUGAGGCUGAACAACCCUUCCCAAGUGGACACAAGUUCCUCAUCUCUCAGCGCGCCGCCAAGCUCGGGUGGGACUUUUUCUACUUCAACUUCUACAGCUUCCCUGCGCUCUUUAUGGCCGGCGGUUGGAACCUCAAGCGUCAUCUCGGGAUGACGGCGCAGACGUUCUACCGCUGGCUGGACAUCGCGCUGGCGGUGCCCAGUGGCUCGCAGACGUUCGAGCUCCGCCCAGUCGAGGUCGUCCUGAUCGACAUCGCGCGCUACAUCUACACGGGCAACGCCGGCCCGCCGGUCCUCCGGGACUCCGACGCCGUGCUGCGCCCGGGCGCAUAUGCGCCGUUUUUCCCGCGCCCGACGGUGGCGGAGGGGCUGCGGCUGUACACGGGUUUCGUGGGCGAGAACAGCACCCCGGGGAUGCUCGCGUUCAGCGAUUUUUUCGAGGAGUUGGAUGAGCCCUUCAGAGGUGAUGCAACGCGGGACAAGCCGCCCUCCGCGCCGGAAUCGUUCCCCAGCUAUAAGAACAAUGCCCUGCUGACGGACGGAAUCAGGCGCGAAGUCGAGGCGAGGGAUGGAGGGCGCUGCUUCUUCACGGGCCGCACUGCCAGUGACCGGCCGACGAAGCUGACGUGGAUCGUGCCCGACACCGUCAGCUCUCCCGCCUUCAUGACGCCCCACGUGAUGCGCCGGCCCGGGGCCCCGUUCGAGCCCGGCCGGCGGUAG